UGGUGAAUAUGGAGGUGGAAGAAAACGCAGCCCCGGAUCCUGCCCCUGCCUCAGCCUCGGCCUCAGCUUCGGCCCCGGCCCCGGCUCCGGGCUCUGCUCCUGGCAAGGCCCCCGGGACUCACUACGAGCUGCCUUGGGUUGAAAAGUACAGACCGAUGAAACUGAAUGAGAUCGUGGGGAACGAAGACACCGUGAGCCGCCUGGAGGUCUUUGCAAGAGAAGGGAACGUGCCCAACAUCAUCAUUUCUGGUCCCCCUGGAACCGGCAAAACCACCAGCAUCCUGUGCUUGGCGCGGGCCCUCCUGGGUCCGUCCCUGAGAGACGCUGUCCUGGAGCUGAACGCCUCCAACGACAGGGGCAUCGAUGUGGUGAGGAACAAAAUCAAGAUGUUUGCGCAGCAGAAGGUCACCCUCCCCCGGGGCCGGCACAAGAUCAUCAUCCUGGAUGAGGCGGACAGCAUGACAGAUGGAGCCCAGCAGGCCUUGCGGCGGACGAUGGAGAUCUACUCCAAGACGACGCGCUUUGCCCUGGCCUGUAACGCCUCGGACAAAAUCAUAGAGCCCAUCCAGUCCCGCUGCGCCGUCCUGCGCUACACCAAGCUGACAGACGCCCAGGUGCUGGCCAGACUCAUGACCGUCAUCGAGAAGGAGAAGGUGGAGUACACGGACGACGGGCUGGAGGCCAUCGUGUUCACCGCGCAGGGGGACAUGCGGCAGGCGCUGAACAACCUACAGUCCACCUAUUCCGGCUUUGGCUUCAUCAACAGUGAGAACGUGUUCAAGGUCUGUGACGAGCCGCACCCCCUGCUGGUGAAGGAGAUGCUCCAGCACUGCGUGAGCGCCAACAUCGACGAGGCCUACAAGAUCCUUGCCCACCUCUGGCGCCUCGGCUACUCCCCAGAAGACGUCAUUGGCAACAUUUUCCGGGUGUGUAAAACCUUCCAGAUGCCCGAGUACCUGAAGCUGGAGUUUAUCAAGGAGAUUGGCUACACGCACAUGAAGAUUGCCGACGGCGUGAACUCCCUGCUGCAGAUGGCCGGCCUCCUCGCCAGGCUCUGCCACAAGACUCUGGCGCCUGCUGCUAGCUAGAGAGUGGUUGUCCCCGGGGCCAGAGCCAUGCACUGCCUGCCUCCCAUUGGUCAGGACAGGCUGGACCUUCUUCCUGAGGGUGGCCUUAGACUGACCCUGGGGUGGAAGGAGCCUCCCCCAGCCUCCUGCCUGCUUAUGCCGAAUGUGACAAUAAAAUGUGAGAAUUUGGA